AUGGCACGGAGUUUUUGGCGCAGUUCAAACUAUUUAGAGUGGUUAUUGGAUCGUCAAGAUGUAAUGAUACAUAGAGCGAAUGAUUUAAAAAUUCUUGGUAGCGAAGAAGAAUAUCAGAAAGUAAUGCUUUUCUUUACUGAUGUCAUUCAAGCAUUUGGCAAAAGCGUUGAAGUCCGUCAACAAGUAAUUGCAACCGCUUUAGUAUAUUUCAAAAGAUUUUACAGUCGCAAUUCCUUUAAGACUAUCGACCCAUGGUUAAUGGCUCCAUCGUGUCUGUUUUUAGCAUCUAAAGUUGAGGAAUUUGGUGUAGUUUCUCAAAAAAAUCUAAUGACAUCAUGUCGUAAUGUGGUUCAUAGUCAUUAUUUAAUCUAUUUUCCUGAUGGUUACGGUUAUCCAUAUCGUGCUCAAGAUGUAUUGGAAUGUGAAUUUAUUUUACUUGAAGCAAUGGAUUGUUCAUUAGUCGUCUUUCAUCCUUAUCGUCCGUUGGUACAGUUUUGUGAUGAACUUCGCCCUCAAAUGCAUGAGUAUGCUGACGUACUGUUAGAGCGUGCUUGGUGGCUAGUAAAUGAUAGUUUUCGAACAGACGUGUGCCUGCAUUAUCCUCCCUAUAUAAUUGCUCUAGGUUGUCUACAACUGGCUGUUGUGAUUAUUUCAAGUAAUCCUGACCUAUUAAUCGGCUCCGUCAAUAUCAGUUCAUCAUCAUUUAUGAAUUCCAGUCUAUCUAUUUCAUCAAAUAAACAUGGUUAUUUUGGGCACCAACCCCAAUCAACUGUCAAUCCUUCAUUGGUUGCUGAUCGUUGGUUCAGUGAAUUAAAUGUAGAUAUGGAAAGAUCAUUGUUGAUCAACCAAAUAUGGUUCUUGGUAGACUCGGGAUGUGCUUUCCGUCCUAUUUAAGACCUCUACCUUCAUACUCGUUGAACAAGUCAGUGGCUAUCUCAAUUCAGUUUCUCAGUGAACAGCCCAGUAGCGUUUGCAUCAAGAGGUACUAGUUUCAAGUCUCAGUGUGAACAUCAACAUUCGGAUACAUGCAGACAAGUGCCAAAUAGGAUGAGACUCAUGUCCUGAAUCUUACUUCCAUAUACAUACCAAAUAAUUGAAUGUUGUUAGCAACAAAACACAUCAUGUAAUCCGCAUAACGUACUCUCUAUGUUUAUGUACUGACUUUCCAACUAAAAAGCAUUUUUGAUGGGAAUGGUUUUCUUUUCGUUAAUGGAGCUCAUACUCGUGGUUGUGACAUUGUAAUAUUCUACAGUCAAAAGUUAAACAUAAAAAAUAAUGAGAUUGAGAUAUUUUUUUAGCUUAAGAUAGAUUUGUUUAUCAUGAUUAGAUUCAAGCACUUGUUGGAGUGUUUCUCUAUUAUUAUUUGAUUUUACUUUAUGAAAUUGUUGGCAUUAUCAGCGCUUAAACUCAGCUACUAAUGAAUACUUCUAGUAUUUGGCAAAUUAAGUUAGACAAUGGAAGGAGACAAACUAUGCUUAAUGUUGUAUUAUUGAGUGAUAAGUAGUAUAUAUUUUUAGAAUUACCAAAACAGCGCAUCUGAGGUCGAAUAAAAUGGAAAAAAUCAUCUUGGCUUCUCAGUAUUUUUAAAUUCUACAAUAGAUAAUAAUUAGUUUGUGUUUAACUCUUAUUCAAGGUCAUAAGCGCGACAUUAACAAUCAAAUCUCAACUCAUACAUGCACGAAAAUCGGCUCAAUGUGACUGGACAGGAUAACUAGUAAAAAAAUAGUUAGCUUAAGAUUAACCAGUAAAAUUCAACAAAGGGAACAAAAUCUAAUUAAUUAUAAGUAGUAUAGUUUUAGUUCAGAAAUUCCACUGUCACAACUUAUUGGUAUUUCAGAUUGAUAUCAUGAACGGACCGAUGUUGGACCACCAGUGAAAACCUGGAGACACUAGACGUCCAUUUCGUCCCAGCAUGGGACUCCUCAGCGGUGCUCAUUCACGAUCCUGUGCGCGGGACUCGGACCCAGGACCUUCGGUCUCACGCUAAAGCUUAACCUUUAGACCACUGAGCCGGCAUCCAACGGUGUCAUUCGCUGAUACAAAUCUAAGCUCAACAGUCUCCACAACCCAUUACUGAUAAUUAUCGGUAUUUCUAGGUAGUCAAAAUUAUUAAGAUUGUCAGCGUAAAAAAUGACUUUUGUCCUAGCAAACAGUUCGGUUGUCCACUGUAAUUUUUUUU